AUGGGUGGUGGUUCCGGGAAGUGGAGGAUAAACUCCCUCAUUGGCCUCGGAAAGCAGGACAAGUUGGACCAGGAGAAGGCGGAAGAAGGCUGUAGUGAGAGCGGAAGCCGGAGGUGGAAGUUCUGGAAGAAGUCCUCCCAGCCGGGAGCCAGCGAGAGUCACCGGUCGGCUUCGGAGGUGGUGGAGGAGGAGGAGGUGGCGGCUCUAUAUGCUUCUACGAGCGUUUGCUCUCCGCAUAAUGAUUUCAAGGUCGUGAGGCAGGCGUUUGCGGCUAUUAGAAUACAGGCAGCUUUCCGCGGAUGCUUGGCCAGAAGAGCCUUGAGCGCUUUGAAAGGGAUCGUCAGGCUUCAAGCUCUGGUGCGAGGCCGGCGGGUGAGGAAGCAGGCAGCAGCGGCGGCGACGCUAGAGUGCAUGCAGGCACGGGCCCAGGCCGCGCAGCGUAGGAUCGACAAUUGCCGGAGCAAAGUGGCUGUCUUAAAGGAGGCGGAGGAUGGUUGGUGUGACAGUCCGGGAACACUGGAAGAGAUCAAAGCGAAACUACAGAUGCGGAGAGAUGGAGCCAUGAAGAGAGAGCGGGCCAUCGCUUACUCACUGUGCAAAAAGCAGUGGAGGCCAAAUGAUCUGAACAAGUGUUCUAAACCACCUGUGCUUUGCUUCGAUGAUCACGAAACUUUUCAUUGGAGGAGGUCACGGCAUUGGAUGGCAACAACAGCGAAACCUUGGGAAAACAGGUUUAUGGAACAGAUUCAGAUCGAACCAUUUGAGAUUGAGAAUUAUGGGGGAUCUGAUUGUACAAACCAUGUGGAUCCACGCGUAGUAAAAGCUAAAAGGAACGACGUCGCCACAAGACCAUCUGCAAACCAUGCGUCUGUGCUCAGGGAGAAAGGCCGCAGAGUUCAGAUUGAUUCCUCCUUGGAAUUCCAAUGCGAUGAGAGCUCUUCGUCCUCUUCUUCUUCGGUUUGUACGCCGACUCCAGCAUCUACUUUUCUGCUAUUAACGCCACAGAGAACUGAGCAGAGCAAUAUUAAGGCCAAGCAGAAAGCCUGCAAUAACGGAAGAACAACAAUUGAGAGGCGGAUGUCAUCAGGCCACGUUCAGUAUUUUGGUAGCAGCGACUCCAACAAAAAUGCUGCCACAGAUUCUUCAAUUUCGACGUCAUGGAGGAGUAAGAGCUGGAAGAGAAGCAUAGACGAGGAGAACUACUAUAGCAAUGAGAAAUAA